AUGGUGGUAAAUGUUAAGAACGAUACUGAGGAGGAAGUUGAGAUGUUGAAGAAGGCUAAAAAUGAGGGAAGUACAGAGGAGGACUGUGAGAAGAAAGACCGUUCUGAGGGAGAUGCAGAAAAUAGUGAUGCUGUGGAGGCAGAAACUGGUGAAGAAAUUGAAUCGGAUGACAAGGAAGCAGAAACUGAGACUGGGAAAGAGAGUACAGAAGACACGUCUGCAGAAGAUGGAAGUAAUACUAAGUCAAAUAAAGUUGAUACAUCUACUGAAGGUGAAAAGUCAGGUGAAACUUCAAAUCAUGAGUCCACCAGUGAGAGGAAUGCAGAUGGGAACCAGGGUGGAUCUGCAGAGGAUGAUGCCAACAAAGAUAGGAAUAACAAUCAGACACAGGACAAAGUUCAGUCUGAAGAACACAGCAAGACGCCAAAGGUAAAUAUCAAGGUGGAGGACACAGAAAAUGAAACAGACAAAUGUAGCUCUGUUGAGGAAGAUUUUGAGAAAGAAAAAUCUGAUGAAACUGCUGUUGAUGAGAGCACACUAGCGAAACCGGUAACUAGAACGUCAGUGGAGUCUCAACCAGGAUCCAUGGAGAACUGCAUGAAUAAGACAGCUAAACUGAAAGAUAUUCAGAGUUUCAUGGAGAGUGUUGAAAGUCAAGGAGAUAGUAUGGUUGUGUUUGUUAAACAACCAGUGUACAAAGAGACGCAUGGAAACCACAAGGACAUCUGCAAUGGCCUGAAUGAAUGGCAAGUGUCUCCUAAAAUAAGCAACAGAACCAGUAAACAAAAGAAGUGA